GCUAAUAAAUGAAGCCAUCUAUGACACUACUACUAUGUUACUUUGCACUAUGAAGGUAGUAACUUAGACUAGUGUCAUAUGCAUGACACUAGUAUAAGUUACUCCCCACUAUGACCAGCCUAACAUUGGCGUGUCGGUUCGAGGAAACCGUGCUAAUUAGCAUGCGAUAAUCAUGGGGUUCUUCUUAAUACUAGCUACAGUGCUUUUAUUUUAGUCAUUCGAGAGUAGUGACGGCAGGACAAGUGCAGACAAACUACAUUGGUCGUGAGAUUCUGUUCAUAUGUGGUGGUGAUGCAGUAGGACUAAAAUUAUCUCUGAACAUGACUUGAACGUUGGGUUCUAGCGGUCUACAUGUUUAAGAGUUGAAGGAGACAAUGCUAAUUAGCACAUGAUAGUCAUGGACUCUGUAAUUUUGCAUUCCGUCUGUUUUAAUUCUGUCAGCAUUUUGUUUUGCUAAUAGUUGUGGGGAAGGAUUGGAACACGAUUAUAUAUAUUGCUUCCAGAAAUGAUGUCAAUUUUAUUCGAUUCAAACGUUUAAUUGUCAGCAAAACCAGGUUAAGCUUUGCUCCGGAAUGGUGCCUACAUGACGUUCCUUCCCUAAUAUUUUUUCCUGGUCUGAGUCGCGAGUCAGAAGGUCCACGUUAACUGAAGCGAAUCAGAUUUAUCUGGAAUAUUUUGACUUUGGAGAAUGGCUCCGACCUUAGCUUGCCAAGCUUGUUUAGCAGGAAUCUACCCCUCUUGCAGCAACUUGCCAGUACUUUAGUUUUCUAUUGUUAGGCAGCUUGGAUUAUGCAGGUGAUGGUGACAAGUUUCCACAGUACUAGUGGCUGUUAUCUUCCCAUUUCAAAGUUCAAUGUACUUCCGAUCUCAACAGUAGGACUAAAAUUAUCUCUUAACAUGUCUAUAAUAUGGGGUUCUAGACUUCUAGUGGUCUCCAUGUUUAAGAGUUGGAGGAGACCAUGCUUGUUAGGAGUACAUGAUAGUCAUGGAUUUGUAAUUAUGUAUUCCGCCGGUUACAAUUUUCUCUCAGCAUUUUGUUUCUCUAAUAUGGGGAAGGGUUGGAAUACGAGCAUGUAUAUUGUUUUGAUAAAUGACAUCGAAUUUAUUCGAUUCAAACAUCUAAUUGUUAGCAAAACCAGGGUAAGCCUUCAUGACAUGCUCCCCUCAUAUUAUUCGUGGUCUGAGUGGUGAGUCAUACGGUUCAUAUUAACAGGAACAAAUCAUAUUUAUUGCUCACUAAAAAAAAUCAGAUUUAUCUAAAUUUUUUUGACUGGAGAAUGGCUCCGACCUUAGCUUGCCAAGCUUGUUUAACAGGAAUCUAUCUUGCAGCAACUGGCCAGUAUUUAUGUUUUCUAUAGCUAGGCAGCUUAGAUUAUGCAGGUGAUGGCGACAAGUUUCUACAGUACUAGUGGCUGUUACCUUCCAAUUUCAAAGUUCAAUGAUUUCCCAUAAUUGUUGAAAUUUCCGGCCGUCUAGCUAGGCUCAUAUUUCAGUAAUGUCUCAGUCAUCUGAAAGAGAAAUCAGUUGACCAUGCAUUGCCGCCCUUGGACUGUAAUAUAUUGCUUACUCAAACCUGAGUUUAACCAUACACAAGUCUAUGUGGUAGGAUGCAAACAAAAUAUUGACCUCAGUUGACAGUGAAUUUUUACUUUAAUGUACACAGGCCUCAAGUUGUACUGUAGUUUACCUAGAGGAGAGAUCGGUUGUCUUCUAUCGUGACCGUGGGAUUCUAUCUUGAGAAUAAGGCAUAUUGCAGAGGUUUAUUUUUUGAACUGCAUGAGGUAUGCAUUCAUUGGACCAUGCUGUAAUAUAUCUGACCCCUUGAGAAAUUUGUUUUGGCUGGUAGUUCUUAGUGAGUUGAUACGCUAGCCAACUAGUAAGUGAUGCAUCAAACCAGAAAUUAGCAUGUCCUCUAGUGUUUGCUAAUCUAAAUUUUUUACCUAAAUGGAAGACAAACUUCUUGUACUAGAACUAAGUUUCGUUCUUCAGAGGAGGACAGCACACAGCCACACAGGCAAACCACGUUAUUCUAGCAUGCUAUGUCUAAUCAAUGGCAUCGGAACCUUCUGCCUCCCUUUCGUCCAGAUAAACCAAACAUAUACUGUACAGUGCUAGUGCGUCUUCGUUUGUACUUCCCGUUGGCAUCCAUGUUGAGUAGUAUACCGUGUAUCUUAUGAGGGAUUAGGGAACAUAUCGAUAGACAAAGGAUGAUGCUUUAGGUGACUUGCUAACUAGCUGGGGAUUAGGAGACCAGCAAGCUGAUGCUACAGAACAGAAAGCAACAGUUUGUUUUGCUGCUCUUGUUUUCAGCAAUUGCUGUGAGAGGCUCCUCUCAACUACCGAACCCCAUAGGGCUUCGAUUGGUGGAAUUCUCAGUGAUCUUUGUCCACUGUUCUUUCUUCACAUAUUUUGACAGACGUUAGGCCGCAUUGCAUCAGUGAAAUGCCGACAAGUGUCAUUUGAGAAGCUCUCUAUUAUCAGCUUAAACCCUCUGACCUCUGCCACUUGUUUCAAACCUUUAUUCUUAUUCUCACCUGGCGUGGUCAUUGGAUAUUCGAAUUGCCCACUCAGGAAUUUUAGGCAAAUGCUGACUCCAUCAAUGUAUUACCAUAUAAUACUGCAUAUUUGAUUUAUAUUGUCUAAUUAAUAGUUUCUUUCCUUGUCCAGCAGCAGUGCUUACCAACUAUGAUUAUGAUGAUAAUUAGGUAUCCACCUGCCGUCCUUAACUCAUUUGAUGUCAGUGAGCAUGUUUCCUGAGCAUGCUAGGCUCUCGCAUCGUUGACAAAAUGGACCAUACAACCAUUCCUGUUAGUCUCAAAUCUCAAGGAAUUAAUUUGAGCCCUCUAUGACGAAAUCUUGUAGGGUGUGGUGGGGGCAUAUGAUACUUAAUGUCCGGUUGUGAAGGCAGUUGUACUGCUGGUUGUGAUGAAAAGUACCAUGCUGCCAAGAUCCUUUUUAAAAUGUUGCCAGCUUUGCUUGUCCUGUAAUAAAGACAUCUCAGCAUAGUGCAGGAAAAAAUAUUUAGUUACCUCAGUGGAAUCAUCCAGACUCUCUCCAGAGAAAAAAAAUUAUACAAUGCUGAAAGCUCUCCGGAACACACCAUUUGUGCACUUGUAAUCUGAAGUUCUGAAAUAGUCAGUGAAAAGCUGGACGUGGUUGGACUCCAUCCAGAUUUUCCUGCUGUUGGUAGUUUCUGGAAACGAUCAUUUUGGAAUUGCCAGGCGGGAAGGCAGGAGAAACAUUCAGAUUCGUAGCAAGAGGCAGCCUGGAACCAGGAAAUCUGUGUGGCCUACGCUUGUGUUUUCUCAAGAUUAUGCUAAUGAUUGGCAUCAACAAGAUGCUUCUGAUCUUGGUGUGUUCACCUAUUGUGAUGAGAGGAUUCUGGGCCAAGAGAGUGGCAACUUGGUCGCGAUCCAGGAAGAGCUCAUGGAGGAGAACAGUUUAACUGAUCUCCUCCUCACUGGUGCAGAGGCGGUCGAGGCGGGGGAUCCAAGAUUUGCCUUGGCAGUGUUCUCAAGGCUUGAUGGCCUCCUCCUUGGCAGCCCUGAAAAUGCAGCAGCCGGCUCUUUUGAUCGCCUGGCCUACCACUUUGCCCAAGGUCUGCGGUCCCGGAUCUCCAGUGCAAGCACCAGUUGCUCUCCGCCGGAGCCACUGGCGUCUGACAGAAUGUCGGCGCAGCAGAUUAUACAAGAGCUGUCACCGUUUGCCAAGUUUGCGCACUUCACUGCCAACCAGGCCAUUCUAGAUGCCACCAAGGGCGAUACACAUGUGCACGUUGUCGACCUGAACAUUGGCGAGGGCAUCCAGUGGCCAUCGUUCAUGUCAGAUCUUGCCCGUCAUGGCGGCAUGUCAUUCCACCUCACGGCGAUCACAGCAGACGCCGACUACACCGACGGCGUUCACCAUGCAUCUGCGCGGCGGCUCUCGGAGUUCGCUGACUCCUUGAACCUCCCGUUCCAGUACAGCUGUCUCUGUUUACAUAGUGAUGAAGACCUGCAUGAAUUCUCCAAGAACUGUAAAGGUUCGGUGAUCUUCUCAUGCGACACAACAAGCAUGCCUUACAAGUUGCUGAGCAAGUUACCGGCACUCCUACCUGCCUGUGUUAAACUGUUACAGCCAAAGUUAAUGGUCGUCGUAGAAGAGGAGCUGGUUAGAAUCGGAAAGGAGGUGUCUCUAUGUAAGGCCUCCUUUGUCGACUUCUUCUUCGAGGCAUUGCACCACUUUACCACGGUGUUCGAGUCACUGGCCAGCUGCUUCGUUGGUGGUAACCAGGGGGCGUGCCUGAGACUUGUGGAGAGGGAGAUGGUGGGGCCAAGGAUACAAGACUUUGUGGGGCAGUAUGGGUCUAUGACAGUUGAGGUCACUGCUCCUCGGGUUUUGGAAAGGUACGGGGCUUGUGACCUGAGUGGUUGCAAUGUUGCUCAGGCCAGGAUGCUGGUUGGGUUGUUCAAUAGGGGGUUUGAGGUUGUGCAUGAGAAGGGUAGGCUUGUGUUGUGCUGGAAGUCCAGGCCAUUGACCUCUGUGUCUGUUUGGGCUCCAAUCUUAAAAGAAAGGAGCUCAUGACGUUCUUUAUUUUUGUUGUUGUAAGCGUUGCAGUGAAGAAUUUCGAGGAAAACGUAUUUGGUUAGUGAGCCACCUUAUUUGGUUUCUAUCUCAGCCUGUCUCUCUUGCUCUUGUUGGCUUCUCAUAUACUACUCCGUCUCAUAAUGUAAGAUGCUUUUUCAAGCUAUCUUAGCUUGAAAAAACGUCUUUCAUUAUGGGACGGAGGGAGUAUCUCCUAGGGUAACUUCUAGUGAUGAAUAGUCUCAAGUAGCAAGUGGAAAAAUGAAAUUUGCUCACAUAUGAGCUCUGCUGAUUUUACUGCAAGAAUGCUCAUUUAUCUAGUUGUUUGU